CUUUGCGCGCCCAUUUCGAUCCCGAGUGUCAAACUCAGCUUUGCGGACUUGAGACUUCUGCACAGAUUUUCCGGGCCUAGGUCCUUGGCUAUGGGGGCCGGAAUGGCUCAGCUGGAGGGUUACUAUUUCUCGGCUGCCCUGAGCUGUACUUUUUUAGUGUCCUGCCUCCUUUUCUCUGCUUUCAGCCGGGCCCUGCGAGAGCCCUACAUGGACGAGAUCUUCCACCUGCCGCAGGCGCAGCGCUACUGUGAGGGCCAUUUCUCUCUCUCGCAGUGGGACCCCAUGAUUACUACAUUACCUGGCUUAUACCUGCUGUCAGUUGGAGUGGUCAAACCUGCCAGUUGGAUCUUUGGAUGGUCAGAACAUGUUGUCUGCUCCAUUGGAAUGCUCCGAUUUGUUAACCUUCUCUUCAGUGUUGGCAACUUCUAUUUACUAUACUUGCUUCUCCGCAAAGUGCAACCCAGACACAAGGCUUCCUCAUGUAUCCAGAGGAUUUUGUCAACAUUAACAUUAGCAAUAUUUCCCACACUCUAUUUUUUUAACUUCCUUUAUUAUACAGAAGCAGGAUCCAUGUUUUUUACUCUUUUUGCCUACUUGAUGUGUCUUUAUGGAAAUCAUAAAACUUCAGCCUUGCUUGGAUUUUGUGGCUUCAUGUUUCGUCAAACAAAUAUCAUCUGGGCUAUCUUCUGUGCAGGAAAUGUCAUUGCACAAAAGUUAACUGAAGCUUGGAAAACUGAGCUACAGAAGAAGAAAGAAGAGAGGCCUGCCCCUAUUAAAGGACCAUUUUCAGAAUUCAGGAAAAUUCUUCAGUUUCUUUUGGCUUAUUCCAUGUCUUUUAAGAACUUGAGUAUGCUUUUACUUUUGACUUGGCCCUACAUUCUUCUCAUGUUUCUAUUCUGUGCUUUUGUGGCAGUUAAUGGUGGAAUUGUUAUUGGUGACCGGAGUAGUCAUGAAGCCUGUCUACACUUUCCUCAGCUGUUCUACUUUUUCUCUUUUACUCUCUUUUUUUCCUUUCCUCACCUGCUGUCUCUUAACAAAAUCAGGGCUUUUCUUUGCUUAGUUUGGAAACGGAGAAUUCAGUUUUUUGUGAUAACUUUAGUCUCUGUAUUUUUAGUUUGGAAAUUUACUUAUGCUCAUAAAUACCUGCUAGCAGAUAAUAGACACUAUACAUUCUAUGUGUGGAAAAGAGUUUUUCAAAGAUAUGAAAUUGUGAAAUAUUUGUUAGUUCCAGUCUAUAUAUUUGCUGGUUGGAGUAUUGCUGACUCAUUAAAAUCAAAGUCAAUUUUCUGGAAUUUAAUGUUUUUCAUAUGUUUAUUUACUGUUACCGUACCUCAGAAGCUGCUAGAAUUUCGUUACUUCAUUUUACCCUAUGUUAUUUAUAGGCUUAAUAUACCUCUGCCACCCACAUCCAGACUUGUUUGUGAGCUGGGUUGCUAUGCAAUUGUGAACUUCUUAACCUUUUAUAUCUUUCUGAACAAGACUUUUCAAUGGCCUAAUAGUCAAGACAUUCAGAGGUUCAUGUGGUAA